GAGAGACUGGCACUACGUUUCAGUCAUAUCCAAGAUGGCGUCUGAAGGUGUUGGAAAAACUGUAGAAGAAUCAAAGAAUAAAGACGCAAAAGAUGAAGAUAACAAAGAAAUAAACGAGAAAAAACAUAGAGGGAUACCUGAGGCUGGGUUUCUAGAUGAUGUUGAGAAGUACAUGAGUUCUUUAGGCACUGAUACAGCAGAAGACUCCAUUAAAAUACUCGAUGAACAGCUUAGGAAAUACAAGUACAUGGAAUUAAAUCUUUUAGCAAAGAAAAAAAGGUAACAAAACCUCUUAUCCACACUUGCUCCUCUAAGCUUCAUGAAGAACUGAGCGAAAAAAGAAAAAGGAGAGGAAUGUCAUAGUAGAUUUCUGUUGUCCGACCAACUCUAUGCUAAUGCAGUAGUCCCACCAUCAGAGAAAGUCUGUCUCUGGCUUGGAGCCAAUGUGAUGCUUGAAUACACAAUUGACGAAGCAGAGCAGUUGCUAUCAAAGAAUCUAUCUACUGCUAGAAGCAGUCUAGAUGAGCUUCAAGAUGACCUGGGAUUCCUGCGUGACCAGUACACUACAACAGAAGUCAACAUGGCUAGAGUGUACAACUGGGAUGUGAGGAGACGGCAAGCCAUGAAGGCACAAUCCUAAUGUCGCAGCCAAACUGAGACUAAAAUCAAUUGUGUGUUUGUAUGUGUUACCAGUCAUAUGUUUUAAUUUUAUUUGUGAUUUAUUAAAUAUCUGGAUUUGUCUUGAAA